AUGGCUCUAGGCACCCUCCCACCCGACUUCACGGCCGCCGACUUCUCGUCUGGCGGCACCGGCGCCCGGUUUGCACGUGCGAUUAUCAUCGUGGCCGGCGUCUGCGCUCUGGUCGCGAGUCUGGUCACAUUUGUUGCUGUAUGGUUACAGACGAAGAACUACCGCAAGCCGGUGCUACAGCGAUAUGUCGUCCGCAUCCUCCUCAUGGUUCCCAUCUACGCAGGCGCAUCGUGGGCCAGUUUGGUGUCGACCAUAGCCGCGUCCUAUGUAGAGCCCUUCAGAGAUGUCUAUGAGGCCUUCACCAUCUACACCUUCCUUCAGCUGCUCAUCAACUUCAUCGGCGGCGAACGCGCCCUCAUCAUCCUCAUGACCGGUCGCGCUCCCGUCUCCCACCCAUGGCCUCUCAACCUCGUCUGCUCCAAGAUCGACAUAUCCGACCCGCAUACCUUCCUCGCCAUCAAGCGCGGCAUUCUGCAAUACACAUGGGUCAAACCGCUACUGUCCGUGGCCACCAUCAUCAUGAAGGCUACCGGCACAUACAAGGAAGGAUACAUAGGCUUGACGUCCGGCUACUUCUGGAGUGGCAUGAUCUACAACGUCAGCAUCACCAUCAGUCUGUACGCCCUUGCCAUGUUCUGGGUGUGCAUGUCUACAGAUCUCAAGCCCUUCCGGCCUAUGCCCAAGUUCCUGUGCAUCAAAGGUAUCAUCUUCGCCUCAUACUGGCAAGGCUUCUUCUUAUCCAUUCUCGUCUUCCUUGGCGCCAUUCCAGACGAUGUGCCGGGCUACAGCCCUGACAAUCUUGCCGCUGCGGUACAGGAUGCUCUCAUCUGUUUCGAGAUGCCACUGUUUGCGCUGGCUCAUUGGUAUGCCUUCUCUUGGCACGACUACGCGGACGAUACCAUAUCGGCUGCCCGCUUGCCCGUCAAAUAUGCGCUGCGCGACGCCUUCGGUCCCCUGGAUCUCAUCCAAGACACCAAGGAAACCUUUGCUGGCAAUCACUACGAAUAUCGCUACUUCGAUGCGCGCGACAACGUGCUGGCACACGAGGAGUCGUCAUCGCGUGCUGCACGCAUGGCCGAAGGCAUGAGAUACGAGCGAGGAGGCAAGGGCAAAUACUGGAUCCCCAAGCCUGGACAAGCAUCGGAGCAUGAACCACUCCUUAACAAGGUCACAUCGAGCCGCGCUAGAGCCAUGAGUCCAGGGCCGCACAAGGCUCUCAAAGGCGAAGGUGCCAAGUACGGUACACCCGACGUGGUCGAAGAGCCCAAUCUGGACGCCGAGGAAGAGCGCUUAUAUGAUAACGCACGUACGCUGGAGUUCGGAGACUGGAACUACCCCGUCAUCGAAGCCCACCGUCCAUCUCGUGAAGACCGCAUGUACGCCGAUCCCAACAUUCUGACCGCAUCGACCAACCGAAACCUACUGCAACCCACCAAGGAAAACAAGCGCAGGAGGAAGAGCCAAAUUCAGGAUCUACAAAAAUCUGUAGAUAAGGGCAAACAACGCGACCAGUCGAGCAACGGAGAGUCUUCCCGCUCAAAGUCCUCGCAUUCCAAUUCGCGUGCGCCCUUUAGCAACCUUCUCCGCCAGAAGUCUUCUUCGUCCAGCUCAGCGAAAUCGGACAAGAGCCAGCUUGUGGAUCUCGUUGUCGAGGAUCAUCAGGCAGAAGAAGUCGACCGCGUCAGAGCGCGUAAGGAAGGUGGUCCAGGAUGGAAUGAGGUUCCUUCCAAGCACUUUGUUAAAACAUACGAGCCAGGCGAGGAAGAAGAGGUUCGAGAAGGCUUCAACCCCGAUGAGCCUGAGCCGCAGAAUCCAGAAGCUGAGCACAACCUGAACUAUGCGUUUACCGAGAACCAAAGCGAAGAGGAACAGCGGAAACACGACAUCAAGCCACACAUUGUUAGCGAGGCCAAUCACUGGGAAACGCGCGAUGUCAGCAACCAGAAGACCAGUGAAGAGGCCGAGGAUCAUCCCAGUCCGUCCUACGGCAGUUUCAGAGAAGAGCGCAACGCUUGGAAUGCCGACUGA